UAUAGUGGGAGUAGGAUCGUUUCGUGUUAAUAAAGCUGCGCUGACGGUAGCGCACGCGUGCGCUUACGUUACCUUCUAUACACACAUCUUCCUUCCUUUUUUUUUCUUCUCCUACAUGUUCUCCUCUUCAGUGCGUUGUCCCUUUCGUGUUACAUAUAUAUAUUAUACAUGUGUACACAUAUAUUUAAAUAUGUAUAGGUAUAUGUACCUAGCUGUUGCUUGCACGUGUAUAAGUGAGUUCGACGAUCGAAUUAACUCGACGGAUCUUUGCUAUUAAACUUUAUAUAUAUAUCACAAAUUGUGUUAAUCUGCUACAAUUUUUAUUCGGAUCUGAUUUUUGAUCUUGGAAUCAUAUUGAAUGUGAUCAGGAAGGAAGAAGCAGUUAAUUUUUUUCAUUUUUUUCAUUUAUUCACGGAGAAAGUGUCUUCUAUUCUUCGCAGAAACACGCGUGGCACUUUUUCAAGGAGUAUUCGCGUUAACUCAUCAACAUGGUUUACCAUUGGCAAAGUCAAAAUGUCAAAGUUUCGGGGGUGGACGACAUGGUGCUGCUUCCAAAAAUCACCGAGGAAGCCAUUAUCGAAAAUCUUAAAAAAAGAUACAUAGACGAUUAUAUAUUCACAUGCAUCGGCCCUGUCCUGGUAUCGAUCAACCCCUUUAAACAGAUGCCAUAUUUUGGUGAAAAGGAAGUAGAAAUUUACCAAGGAGCAGCACCCUACGAAAAUCCUCCACACAUUUACGGAUUGGCAGAUGACAUGUAUAGAAACAUGUUGAUCGAUAAUGAAAGUCAAUGUGUUAUUAUAAGCGGCGAAUCCGGUGCUGGUAAAACUGUAGCAGCUAAAUACAUAAUGUCGUAUAUAGCAAGGAUAAGUGGAGGUGGUGAGAAAGUACAGAAAGUUAAAGAUGUGAUUUUGGAGUCUAAUCCACUUUUAGAAGCUUUCGGCAAUGCAAAGACUAUGCGAAACAAUAAUAGUAGCAGAUUUGGGAAGUACGUUGAGAUACAAUUCGGUACAGGUGGACAACCAAACGGUGGAAAAAUAUCGAAUUUUUUAUUAGAAAAAUCUAGAGUGACAUGUCACAAUCCCGGAGAAAGGAACUUUCAUAUAUUUUAUCAAUUGGCAACCGGUGCUGACUCUCAAAUGAAGUCUGAAUUGGGAUUGACUGAUCUUGAUUAUUAUCAAUAUUUGAGUUAUGGUGGUAAUCAUAAAGUGGAAGGUAGCAACGAUGCUCGUGAUUUUCAAGAAACAUUGAAAGCAUUACGAGUUAUGGGAAUACAAAACUGUGAAGUAUCUGACAUCUUCAAGUUGGUAGCAGGGAUACUUCAUGUUGGAAAUAUUCAAUUCGUUGAGAAAGGAAAUUAUUCACAAGUUGCUGAUAAGCAAUUUCUUGAUUUUCCUGCUUACCUAUUCGGAAUCUCUGCGGAACAGUUGUCGCACAAGCUGACGUCUCGUGAAUUCGAAUCAAAAUGGGGAAGCCAGUCUGAAAGCGUAGACGUGACUUUAAACGUUGAACAAGCCCUUUAUACACGAGACGCCUUGGCCAAGGACAUUUAUGCCAGGCUUUUCGAUUAUUUGGUCAAGAGAGUAAAUUCGGCGAUGGAAACUAAUACCGAUAGUUACGAAAUUGGAAUAUUGGAUAUUUAUGGUUUCGAAAUAUUCGAGAAAAAUGGUUUCGAACAAUUCUGCAUUAAUUUCGUUAAUGAAAAAUUACAACAAAUCUUCAUAGAACUAACGUUAAAGGCCGAACAGGUAAGUGUGUGUUUUUUUUUGUUUAAUAUUAUUCGAUUAAUUAUCGGCACAUAUUUUUUUAUUGCUCGAUAUUAUCGUAUCGUUAAUAAUCACAAUAUAUUACUAUUAUUGCCAUUGUUGUUAUUCUAUUAAAUUAUAUAAUAUUAGUUAAAUUACAUAUAUUAUAU